AUAAAGAUAAGCAGAUGACACAAAAAAACCAGUUCAAAAGCGAGGGAGUGUCCCGUCCGUUUUAUAAGUUCAAGUCCAAGCUGAGGCAAGCCCCCCUUCUUUUUCUUGCCCCGCCCCCGGCACACCCUCCAGCCGCCCGCCGGCAUCCUCCCCGGACAUCGCCGAGCGCUCCGCGCCUCGGCGGAAUCUCCCCGCCUUCUCCUGCAAGCUCAAGCCCAUGGCGGGGCCUUCGCCCCGUGGCCGCCACGCCACGACCGGCCUCGCGCCCCUCCUCCUGCUGCUCGCGUGCGUCGCCUCCUGCUCCGUCCCGGCCGUGCGCGCCCAGGCCAUGAUGUACACCGGGCCCGACGCCGGCGGCGUCAGGGAGAUCACCAACUUCUCCUUCCCCGGGUUCGAGCGGGACCUGCUGAAGCUCCCCAACCUGACGUUCGCGGGCAACACCAGCGUCAGCCAGCGCUCGCUGCAGCUCACCCCGGACAGCCUCAACGACCCGCAGAAGUUCCUCGUCAACCAGGUCGGCCACAUCUUCUACUCCACGCCGUUCGUGCUCUGGGCGCCCAACGCGUCCAACGCCACCGCAGACGGCCGGCACGUCGCCUCCUUCUCCACGGUGUUCAAGGCCAACCUCUACCGCGGCGCCAACACGAGCGUCAAGGGGGAAGGGCUCGCGUUCGUCGUCGCGUCCGGCAAGGACGGCGGCCCGCCCCCCGGCAGCUACGGCGGCUACCUCGGCCUCACCAACGUGUCCACCGACGGCCUCCGCACCAACGAGUUCGCCGCCGUGGAGCUCGACUCGGUGAAGCAGUCCUACGACCCGGACGACAACCACGUCGGCCUCGACGUCAACGGCGUCCGCUCCACCGUCGCCGUCCCACUCCGCCCCUUCGGCAUCGAGCUCGCGCCCAGAGACACCAACGAGACCAACGACGGCAGCAACUAUGUCUGGAUCGACUACAACGGCACGGCGCGGCACGUCUGGGUGUACAUGUCCCCGACCGACGUCAAGCCGGCCACCCCCGUGCUCAACGCGUCGCUGGACCUCUCCACGAUCCUCCUGGGAAGGAAGGGCUACUUCGGCUUCUCGGCGUCCACCGGCGUGGACUACCAGCUCAACUGCAUCAACAUGUGGAACAUAACGGUGGAACUCCUCCACGACGAUAGCGUCCCCAACAAGAACCUGUCCGGCUGGAAGCUCGGGUUGGCCAUCGGCGUUCCGUGCGCCGUCGCGCUGGCGCUGGGGCUGCUCGCCGGCCUGUACGUGAUGAAGAAGCGGAAGAAGGUCGGCGACGACCCGAGCUCGGUGUUCAACAACGCCCUCAACCUGCGGAGCAUCCCGGGCGUGCCCAAGGAGUUCGACUUCAAGGAGCUGCGCAAGGGGACCGGCAACUUCGACGAGAAGAUGAAGCUGGGGCAGGGCGGGUACGGCGUGGUGUACCGCGCCACCGUGGCCGGGGAGAACGGCCAGAGCGUGGAGGUGGCCGUGAAGCAGUUCUCCGGGGCCAACACCAAGGGCCAGGAGGACUUCCUCGCCGAGCUCAGCAUCAUCAACCGCCUCCGCCACCGGAACCUCGUCAAGCUCGUCGGCUGGUGCCAUGACAACGGCGUGCUGCUGCUGGUGUACGACUACAUGCCCAACGGCAGCCUGGACCGGCACCUCUUCGGCGCCAAGGACGCGGCGGCGCUGGACUGGCGGCAGCGCCACACGGUCGUCGCCGGCGUGGCGUCGGCGCUCAACUACCUCCACCACGAGUUCGACCAGACGGUGAUCCACCGCGACAUCAAGCCGUCCAACAUCAUGCUGGACUCCUCGUACCACGCCCGGCUCGGCGACUUCGGCCUGGCGCGCGCGCUCGAGUCCGACAAGACCUCCUACACGGACAAGAUCGGCGUGCCGGGCACGCUGGGGUACAUCGCGCCCGAGUGCUUCCACACGGGGCGCGCCACCCGCGAGUCCGACGUCUUCGGCUUCGGCGCCGUGAUCCUGGAGGUCGUCUGCGGCCGCCGCAUCUCCUGCAGCAACCCGGCUGGGUGCAGCCAGCUGCUGGAGUGGGUGUGGCGGCUCCACGGUGCGGGGCGCGUGCUGGAGGCCGUCGACCCGCGGCUGGGCGGCGAGUACGACGAGGAGGAGGCCCGGCGGCUGCUGCUGCUGGGCCUGGCGUGCAGCCACCCCAACCCGCGGAAGCGGCCCACGGCGCAGGCCAUCCUGCAGAACCUGCAGACGCGCUCCGUGCCGCCGCUCCCCGUGCCCGCGUCCAAGCCGGUGUUCAUGUGGCCCGUGCCGCUCGCCGACGGGGAGGUGGAGGAGGAGGGGGAUGAGUACGGCGGGGAGCCGCCGUCGUCCAUGUCGCACAGCGACGUCACCAGCUCCUCGUCGCACUACGCCUACGCGUCGUCGUCGGGGUACACCACCCAGAACUACCCGGUGACCAGGGACGCCGCGGCGGAGAGGGACGUGUCCACGGUCUGAGACCGGGAUCGAGCAGGCAGCCGGCCGCCGGCAGCACGGACGGGUCAACGAUGGCGCACGUGGGCGGGCGGGAUCAUCAAGCUGAAGUUGAGCGCGGCACGGUCGGAUUUGGCGCACUGAUGAAGGGGUCAAAGGCCGUGAAGCAGGUGGGCAACGUGCCAAGUGAAUCGGAGACAAUAAACAUGUCAAAAUGGUGCCUGGCAAAAUUGUGGACAGGGUUUUCGUCUUUCCCAUUGCUGCUCUGUAGGUAGUCGGUCCUUUUUGUCUGCAGCUGUUGCUUGGUUUGCUUCCUGGAAGCCAUCACCUCCAUGGCCGUGUUACCGUGUAUAAAUGUAAAUAGAAUAGCCGUCAUCUCUGUGUUUGUCACUUUGCUGGGCAUUUUUACCAUUGGGGGACCUGUUAUAUUUCGGAGUUUCAAGUACCAACAGUGGCUACUAUGUGAAGCAGAGCUACAGUUUUUUUCUUUUUAACCAGCAAGACGCCAGCCUGAACAUUUGUAUUACUA